AUGGAAAAUACCUAACAAUCAUUUUUACCACAAAUUCAAUCUGAUAUCAAGAGCUAACCUUCUACAACCACUUUUCAUAAAAAGCACUUAUCAAUGCCGUAUUCCUAGAUUCUCGAUCAUCCAAACUAAUAGAUGAUCAAAGUAGAGGAAAUGCUUAACCGCACAACAUUUAGAUAUAGAGGAGGCAUUGCUACAACAGUUAAUUCAAAAUCUACAAGAAAAGUAGUAAAUUUCUCGUCUCAAACCACUAAAAGUUCUCACAAGAGAGUUGAUACUUAAGAAAGGUUAAAAAUACAAUAGGAAGCAUAGGCCGAAGCAUAAAAAAUAAUGUAAGAAAUUGAGAAAUCAGAAUUAUUAAUACCAAUGAGAAUGGGAUUUACAAAUGAUGAUUCAAAAAGUGUCAUAAACAUCCCUUUUAAUGAUAGAUAAAAGUUUCUUGAUCACAACGACCUGAAAAGUAACAUGAAAUUCGCUAAUAAAGAAUAACUACAAGAAAUGAAUACUAAGUUUUAAUAUCAAAAAGUGAAAGAAGCCACUAUUCCAUUGUAUGUAUUAUAUAACGACAGUAUUAACAAGCUGAAAUAAGAGGAAAAAGACGAGAUGAAGGAUCCUAAGCCUUUAGCAUUUUCAAUUAAAACAACGAAAAAUAAAGUAAAAACUAUCAGAUUUGAAAUACUUGGCUAGAAUGCCUAGAUUGAAGCGUUAAUAGAUGAGGGUGACGAUAAAGAUUAGGAAAGAGAUUUUGAAGAUGAGGAUAUAAAUGGACUCAAACUUAUCAGUGAACAUUAGUCAACAAAAUCUAGAAUAGAGUCAAAAGAAGGCUUUAGAGGUAGGAGAGCAUCAAAGAUGCAGUUCUAAAUAAAGGUUAAUGAUGAUCAUUCAAGUAACAAUAAUAAUACUACACCUGGCUAAAGUCCGUAAAAACUUGUUAAGAAGAAUACACUGACUCAAAAUAGUAUCAGAAAAAAUAAUCUGAACAUAAGUACAGAUAAUGUUAAGAAUUCUUAGCAAAAAAGAAACUUCUUUGCAGCAAGAACUCCUUAAUCAUUUGCUGAUUUUAAAAUAAACAAUGAAGGGGGUUUGUCCCCUCUAAAGCCGAUAGCAUAUGAAAAUUUUUCUUCAAAUUAGUUGUCCCCAUUUAGCGGGCACCGUAAAUCAAUGUUUAAAUACAACAAUGACAAUCGUCCAAGGAAAUCUAGUGGUUCUUCGAGAUAAAAAGCACUUUAAAAUCAAAAUAGAGAACUUAAGCUUGAAAAAAUUUUGGAAUCUGACGCUAGGGGUACAAUAAAGGGGAACUAAGUUAUCAAGGUCGAUAUAAAACUUUAGAGACUUAGAAAAUUGAAUUAGUUGCAGGAGGAGAUGAAGUAAAAAGAGCACUAAUUAGAGUUGCAACUAAGUCUCUAAAAGUAAAAAGUUUUCCAGAAGUGGUUUUUGUCCCCAUCUCAGUUUAGUGAUAAAUGCAAGUUGAUAGAGCAAAAAUCUAAGCCAAGUCAGGAAAGAGAUUCAGUAUUCUAGGAUAAAAAGACUGUUAGAGAGAUGAUUGAGGAGAUUAGAACUAAAUUUAAGAUUGAAGAAGAAAAGGCAAAAGAAUUUGAAUAUGAAGAUUCAAGCAGUGGUGACGAGACAGAAAACAAUGAUCGAACUCAAAGAAGGUAUUAGUCACCCUUUAAUACAUAAAAAACUCUUCUUAAGCCUAGAUAACGAUUAUCUAAAAUCUGA